UAUGACUGUUUUUUCUCUAGCACUUCCUCAAUCUCAUGGGGGUGGGGAGGUACAGAAGAAAUUGUCGGACACUGAAACAUUAAAAAAAAGAUCUUUGAGGCCUUGCAAAGGAGUCUUGGUUCACACACGGAGAAUUGCUUUGACUGUAUUCAUCAUAUUCAACCAGGAACUGCACAAGAAGUGGAGGAAUAGAGCUCAGCCAUCUGGAUUUAAGAGGCUGAAAACCAUGUCUCUUCCCCGACAGCUGCGAGAAAAGAGUGAUUUUGACCAGCUUCCAGAUGAUGUACCUGUUUCAGCAAACAUUGCAGAUAUUGAAGAGAAGAAAGGCUUUACUAAUUAUUAUAUGUUUGUCAUUGAAGUAAAGGUUAAAGGUGGUGGCAGAUACCUGAUUUUCCGACGCUAUCGUCAGUUCUAUGCCCUGCAUGCCAAACUAGAGGAGAGAUAUGGGGCAGAGAGCAAAAAUAGCCCUUUUACCUGCACACUCCCCAUAUUGCCAGGAAAAGUUUAUGUUGGGGCCAAAAAGGAAAUUGCUGAGAACAGGAUUCCUAUCCUAAAUGUCUACAUGAAGAACCUGCUCUGCCUACCCAUUUGGGUGUUGAUGGAUGAAGAGGUACGGCUGUUCUUCUACCACUCAACCUUUGACAGUGAACAGGUACCUCACAGACUGAGACGUCUUCGCCCACGGACACGCCGAGUUAAAAGCAUUUCACCUCAAGUGCCUAUUUUUGACCGCACAGCAACUCCACGGGCAGAGGCACUGUUUGAUUUUUCUGGAACCAAUAAACUGGAACUCAGCUUCAAGAAGGGAGACUUGAUCUAUCUACUCAGCAGGGUAAACAAAGACUGGUUGGAGGGAACAGCUGAUGAUGCCACUGGGAUUUUCCCAUGUGCUUUUGUGAAGAUCAUAAAAGAUUUACCACAGCAGGAAGACACAGUUAAUAAAGUUCGCUGUUAUUACCAUGAUGAGACUGUGACCACUAUCAGGGAUAUCUCAGUGGAAGAGGAUCUAAGCAGCAUUCCACCAUUCAAAGAUCUCAUGGAAUUGAUGAGGCGUGAGUUUGACCAAGAUGACAUUGUUUUGAAUUACCGGGACCUUGACGGUGAUCUGAUCCGGUUGCUCUCUGAUCAGGAUGUUGAACUGAUGGUGUCUCAGAGCAGGAGAAGGCCCUCUGAGCAGCGUUUCUUCCCUUGGAAGUUGCACAUCACUCACAAAGAUGACUUGGGUGUCUACAGCACUAGUCCAGCAAUAGGUGCUACGCAAACAGUAGGAGCAACAUAAGUGCUGUAUAGAGAUGUUCCCAUAGGUAGCUAUACAGUCCUUCCGUAAUCCCUCUCUGCAGACAGUUUCCUUGAACAAGCCUUUGAAGUAAGCUUGAAAAGAGUAAUUUUUAGUAAUAUAUUACCUUUCAAUGUAAAAUCUGUACUUAGUUAGCUUCUUCAGCAUUUUGGCAUUGCUCUGUAAUAGAAAUGUACACAGAGACCAGAGAAAGUGAAGAACAGAGAAAUAAAAUUACUGUCCAUAUUCACAAAGUAAGUCAGUGUUAGCCUGCAGUAGAGGUUUAGUGCCCUGAGCCCCAAGACCUGCUCUAAUCUCUAUUCUUACUCCCAGAGCUAAUUAUUUGUCUUCAUAAGCUUUUGUCCUAGACUGCCAUAAUUUUCUUGUCACUUGCUGAUAUGAAGGCUUGUGUGCCAGUGCUUAUGAAUGCGUAAUUAUUUCUGUCACAUUUGCAUCUGGCUGGGCAUUCAGAGUUUGUUCUGGAAGCACCAAGAAAACUUUUUCAUGUUUCCAUGAAGAAAUUGCAGGCCACCUUUGCUUUCUUCUUUUCACUGACCAAUAUUUUGAAUUCUGUGAAUUGAACCUAGUACACCUAUGGUGUUCCUCAUAGAUAUUUUUGUAGUUGUACAGACUACUUAUUUCUGCAUUCUAGGAAAAUGUGUAUGAUGCCUAUUCAAACAGCAAUUUCUUCUCUAUCUUCUGCUUUCUGAUACCUCAUUGCAAGAUAGAACUAAUAAAAAAUUACUGUAUCAUAUUCUUCAAGAAAUAAAGUUGCAAAUGAGUUUAUUUUA